UACACGGAGACGACGAAAACCCAAGAGAGUAUAAUUUGAAUCCCUCGAGAUUUAACCCAUAAUCCUCACACCACAUCUUUUCAUGGUGACCCCAAUACCAAUCGCACUCGCAGUAGCCUUUUCCCAUAAGCUGUGGGAUCGGAGUCAGCGAAAAUAAGGACGGAGCAAUUCGAGCCGACGCCUGGGUCGUGGCAAGAUCAAGACGCUGAUCAAGUCAGAAAACCAAGGCUGGCCAAUACCAACGUGGAUCAAGAGGAUACGAUAUAUGGGUUAGCUUACCUAUACGUGAGUGACAGGCUAAGGUAAUCUAUUUCAUCACUGUUAACCUAAUUGGGCAUAAUUUGUUUGCUUCCUGUAUCCAUCCCGACUUGCAAAUCUACCUAACUAGUCAUGCCUUCAGAUAGCAGCGACGAUACUGUAGUGGAAAUGGAACCUAAAUUAUUAAAAGAUUUAAUAAGGAAAAGAGGGAUAGAGAAGGGAAAAUUGACUUUGUUUAGAAAAUAUAUUACUAACUUAGACCCAAAGUCUCUAUUGGCAGAGCAAGUCAUUGAUUUGGAAUUGAGAACAAAUAAUUUUGACUCAGUAUUUUCGAAUUUCCAAAAUAUACAAGAUAAAAUAGAAACUAUUGCUACAGAUUUAGACAAAGAAUUAUCAGAAAGAGAAAGUUUUGAGAAUUCUUAUUACCAGAUAAUAGCUAAGGCUAAGAGUUACCUAAUAGACUUUAAACAACCAUCUGCAUGCAACCAUAACCCACCACUGGACAAAGGCUUAAACAAUUCUGAAUCUGAACAAAAUAUAAAGUUCCCGGAUAUUAAACUACCAUCAUUUGAUGGCAAUAUUGUUCAGUGGAUUGAGUUUCGCGACACAUUUGAUGCUAUUGUUAAUCAAAGCAACUUAAAAACAAUUUUAAAAUUUAAAUACUUACGCAGCUGCUUGACUAAAGGUGCUCUGGAAGUUGUAAGUUCAUUGGAGUAUUCAGAAGAUUAUGCUAUAGCCUGGCAACUUUUAUGCGAAAGAUACAACAAUCCUAGAGUCUUGGUUUACAAUCACUUAAGAGGACUAUUCAAUAUAGACAACGUAGCAACAACUUGCCAGGCAUUAAGAACUUUAAGUGAUAAUAUCUCAAAGCAUCUGCGCACGCUGCAAUCACUUAAUAUUCCUGUUGAGGGAUGGGACAUUUUGAUAAUAUUUUUUCUCUCCAAUAAAUUGGAUAUAAAAUUACAAAGAAAAUGGGAAGAAAAAAUAAAUGGUCGUGAACUUCCAACAUUACAGGACUUCAAAACCUUUUUGCGGGUUCAGGCAGAUCUCCAGGAGACGCUAGGCCAGGCUGGGACCGGUUCAUCUGAGCCAUCUUCUGCUACAUCACCGAAGGCUUUGGUAACCACUUCCUCUCCGGGAAACAACUCGAAGGUAACAACGAACAAUACCUAUCGUAAUCAAUGCCCAAACUGUAAAGAGAAACAUUAUAUCAACCAGUGUCCCAAAUUUAUAUCUCUAAAUCCACAGUCACGCAUUCGUGUUGUUAAAAAAUUAGGUUUGUGUUUAAACUGUUUACAUUCCAAUCAUAUUUUACCUAAUUGCAGAGCCACACACUGCCGAACCUGUAAGGCAAAACACCAUACCUUACUUCACAUUAACCAACAAGACUCUAAACAGUCAGGAACAACACAAUUAUCAACUUUAAGUCCGGAACCUAGCAAUGCUCCUAUAGAAACCAAAUCGGUUAACUUACUUACCAACCAACAAGUAGUUAACACAACUCUGGGUUCUGCAGAUAAUAAGUUACCUAUACAAAAUAAAAAUAUCAUUUUAUCUACAGCUCAGAUAAAUGUCAUGGAUAAUACAAACCAAUUACAUAGAAUGCGAGCAUUGUUAGAUUCUGGCUCUCAGUCAAAUUAUAUCACUCAAAAUGCAUUUAAAAAAUUAAAAUUACCUACUCAACGAUUAGACAUGGAAGUUAUUGGCUUUAAUGAAAAUGUAACCAAAAUUAAUGAAAUGUGUAACCUAUCAAUACAUUCUUUGGAUAAUAUCUUCUCAACCAACUUCUCUUGUUUUAUUGUGCCAAAUAUUUGUAAUUUGCCUUCAUAUUUACCUAAUGAAUAUAGCCUUAACAUUCCGAAGCGAUUCAAACUAGCAGAUGUUUCUUAUUAUGAAGGAGGACAGAUAGAUAUAAUUAUUGGAGCGGAAUUAUUCUAUCAACUGCUUUGCAUUGGCCAACACCGCUUAGGUGAAGGUCUACCAAUACUUCAGAGAACCAAAUUAGGAUGGGUGGUUUCAGGAUGUACUUUAGUAAUGAAUAAACCAACACAGGUGAGAUGUAACUUUAUUAUGAAUUCUUUAAUGCAUGAUAAUGACAGUGAUGAGACGAAGAAGUUUCCAAAUGAUGAUAUUGCACAAUGUGAAGCGGUCUUUGCUACUCAUACAAGAACAGCUGAUGGAAAUUUCGUCGUCUCCUUACCUCUUAACGAACCUGUCUCCUCCCUUGGUUCAUCUAGACCUAUAGUAUACAAAAGAUUUAAAACCUUAGAGUCAAAAUUUGGAAAACAACCAGAGUUUAAACAAAAAUAUGUAGAAUUUAUGAGAGAAUUUCAAAACGCAGGGCAUAUGAUUAAAAAAAUUGAUUCUGAACCCUGUAAUUAUUUACCCCAUCAUGCAGUCCUGAAUCCACAAAAAUCCACAACACCUAUGCGAGUCGUUAUUGAUGCAUCAUUUCCAACCCAUACUGGAAAAUCUCUAAAUGACCUACAAUGCAAGGGUACAAUAAACCAAGACAGUUUGGAAAACAUUUUACUUAGAUUUAGAAAACAUAAAUACAUUAUCUGUGCAGACAUUGAAAAAAUGUAUAGAAAAAUAUAUGUAAAUUCAGAACAACAAAACCUACAAUGUAUUCUAUGGCGUGAAAACACGUCUGACCCGCUUCUUACAUAUAAAUUAACAACACUUAGUUUUGGAUUAAGGUGUGCACCUUACAUAGCUACACGUUGCCUGCUACAGCUGGCUACAGAGAAUAAAGAUAAGUUUCCCUUCGCGUCUGCAGCUAUUUGCUCAGACUUCUAUAUGGAUGAUUUUUUGCAUGGAAAUGAUGAUGAACUUUUAGUUUCUAAAACAGCUGUUCAAGUUUAUAAUAUUCUGCGAAGCGCUAAUUUUUAUUUGAGAAAGUGGAAGUCUAAUUCAAGGAAUAUUUUAACUAACUUAGAGAAUUCAACAAGCACACAAACAAGUAACACAUUAACUUCCUUAGGUACAAACACAGACACACAAAAGGUACUAGGGCUUGCAUGGUCAAGUGCUAAUGACACAAUAUUGUAUACAUUACAUAAAGAGCCAGUACCAAAUAUUUUAACCAAACGAAAGGUAUUGUCCAUAGCUUCUGCUAUAUUUGAUCCAUUGGGUCUAAUCGCACCUGUUUUAAUUAUUGCAAAGGGAUUCAUUCAACGUUUGUGGAAAAUUAAAUCAAACUGGGAUGAAAAAUUACCUAAUGACCUAUGUCAAGAGUGGACAGAGUUCUACAACAAACUAUAUUCAUUGAAAUCCUUAGAAAUACCUCGUCAUGUUCUUACCAAUAAUUAUAUAAUUGCAGAGUUUCAUGGAUUUUGUGACAGUUCAUUAACUGCUUAUGGAGCAGCAAUCUAUGUGCGGUCCAUGGGUAGUGGUGGUGAAAUCCAUGUUCAGCUUCUCUGUGCGAAAAGUAGGGUUGCUCGGAAUGAAACAAUCCCAAAAUUAGAACUACGAGCUUGUGUUUUAUUAUCAAAAUUGUAUGACAAGGUGCAAAAGGCCCUUAAAGGUAGCAUUACAAAAAAAUAUUUUUGGUCUGACUCAAAUGUAGCAUUAGCUUGGAUUAAGUCAAAGUCAAGUAAGUUAACUAUUUUUGUAAAAAACCGGAUAACUGAAAUUAAAAAAUGUACAGAACCACAAGAUUGGUACUGGGUCUGUUCAAAUGAUAAUCCGGCAGAUCUACUGUCAAGGGGAUUGCAGGCGGACAAGCUGCCCGCUUGCGCCCUCUGGUGGCAUGGACCUCCGUGGUUAUCUAAACCUAAUGUUGAAUGGCCUUGCCACAAAAAUUUGUCACAAUAUUCACCCUCUUUUGACAAUGAAGUAAUAAAUGAAACUUUUUGUAAUAUUUCUACCAAAGAUAAAACAAAUGAAUUUGUAACAUGUCUAUUUGAACGUUGGUCAAACCUUAAUAAAUUAAAACGCUGUUUUGCUUUUAUUUUAAGGUUUAUUCAUAACUGCAAAAACCCAAGUAACAAUGACAACCCAAGUAGAAAUUCAAACCCAAAUUACAAACUGCUUGGUCCAUUAUCAGUUCAAGAGUUAAAUAAUUCUUUAAAUAAAUUAAUAAGUUUAGCCCAAAUCUACUCAUUUCAAGAUGAAUAUGACUUACUAAAAAAUAAUAAAGAGUUACCAAAGUCAUCUUCAUUAUUGUGCCUUAAUCCGGUAAUGAACGAUGGACUCAUACGAGUAGGGGGUCGUUUGGAGCAGUCUAACUACCAAUAUGAAAAAAGACACCCUAUUGUUUUACCAAAAAAUCACUUGCUUACUGAAUUAUUAGCUACUGAACUUCAUGAACAACUUUUACAUGCGGGACCACAGCUAUUGUUAGCUUCGCUUCGCGAACGCUACUGGCCUAUACAUGGUAAAAAAUUAGCUAAUAAAAUUGUACACAAAUGCAUGACUUGCUUUAGAGCCAAACCAAAGGUAGACUCGCCCAUUAUGGGCAACUUACCCGCAUCUAGAAUUAACCCCUCACCCCCCUUCCUGUUUACGAGCAUUGAUUACGCGGGCCCAUUCAAUGUAAGAGACCGGAGAGGACGUGGGUUCAAAGCAAGUAAAUGCUACAUUGCCUUGUUCGUAUGUGCAUCGACGAAGGCGAUUCACAUCGAAUUGGUUUCCAGCCUGGAAACAGCUAACUUCUUAUCAACUUUGAGACGUUUCAUUUCUCGACGCGGGAAACCGAAAGAAAUAUUGAGUGAUAACGGCACAACGUUUCAUGGCGCAAAUAAUGAAAUCUCCGAACUCUAUAACUUCCUGAAAAAUAACUCUGAUGCAUUUAUAACUUCUUGUGCAAACGACAAUAUUAUUUGGAAGUUUCUACCUGCUUACAGCCCUCAUAUGGGUGGGUUGCAUGAAUCUGCCGUAAAAUCAUGUAAAUACCAUCUCAAGAGAGUCUUAGGAAACUCUCUAUUAACGUAUGAAGAAUUCUCAACUGUCCUCACCCAAAUUGAAUCAAUACUCAAUUCACGUCCAUUAUGUCCAAUUCCGAACUCUGAUAGUGAUGAAAUAUUCUACUUAACACCUGGCCACUUUUUGUUGGGUAGAGCGCCCGUGUCGAUGCCGGACUAUGACUAUACUGAUGUACCUAUGACUCGGCUUACGCAAUAUCAACAGUUGCAGCAGUUACAACAGGAUUUCUGGAGAAGAUGGUCAAGAGAUUAUAUUGGACUGCUGCAGACGCGUUACAAGUGGAGAAGUUCGAAGGGCCAGGGUCUUCGCGAGGGCACAACGGUCCUGGUGAAGGACAAUCAUCUGCCACCGUGUCGGUGGAAACUGGGCCGCAUCGUAAAUACCUGCCAGGGGAGAGACGGCGUCGCGAGGGUCGCAGAAAUACGCACUGCUCAAGGAGUCAUCAAACGUGCCUUCAAUACGAUUUGCCCUCUUCCAGGAGAUUAGGAGAUUACAUUUUAAAUUUAAUUUACCAUUUCUAAAAUUUCAAAUUACUUGAUAUAUGUGACUAGAUAAGAUAUCUGAUACAAUAAUUACAUACAAACAUUCAGAAUUUAAAUCUUUCAUAAACAUUCAACAUAAACAUUCACUUACACAGUAAGUACCUAUCGGAUAUCUCAAUCUAGAAAUUAGUUAGGUGGCAGCAUGUCUAACGACAGCUGUCAAUCUGUCAAUGUCAUAAAAAAUACCGCCUUUUUAUUUGUAAAAAAGUACGAAACUACUUUGAAUUAAAUAUUACACGGAGACGACGAAAACCCAAGAGAGUAUA